GUUGUUGCAGUUGGUGGUACUUUUGACCACUUGCACGACGGCCACAAAAUACUAUUAUCUGCAUCUGCUUUUCUUACUGGGAAAACUCUGAUUAUUGGUGUGACAGGACCAGAAUUACUUAAAAAGAAAAAAUACCUUGAAUACCUGCAAUCAUACAAUGAGAGAGUUCAAAGCGUCAAAUCGUUUUUGCAUAAUAUUAGACCGUCUCUGACGCCCGAUGUUUAUGAAAUCAACGACAUUUGUGGUCCAACGGCGAAGAUUGAGAAUGUUGAUGCUCUUGUUGUUAGUUUAGAAUCGUCAAAGGGUGCUGAUUAUAUUAAUAACGUAAGGUCACAAUUGGGAUGGAAGGAGCUUCAGGUUUACACUAUAGGGGUAGUAGGGGGGUCAGAUUCAGAUAAAUUUGAGAAUAAGCUAAGUAGUACUGGCUACAGAAAACUCGAG